AAUUAAAUGAAAGAUUAGGGGUUUUAUUUAAAUUAUGGCAUUUCCAGGAAACCAAGGGAAGUAUAAUUUAACCCCUCCAAGAACAUAUUAAACGAACGAUGAUUCUGGAACUCGCAGGAAUUUUGAUUUUCCUUUGAUCUUUAUAUCUACAAGCAUCACAGCAAAUCAGUAGCCACAUCGCUUGUUUCUGUUAAAAAAAAUGGUGGUGAUAGAACCGGAAGAAGUGGACGAACAGAUCUUAGUCAACAAUCUUCCAAAGCCAAAAGCAGUUCCCUCGUCAUCGUCUUCCAAAACGGCGACGGGUUCAAGCAAAUACACUGAUUCUACAACUCCGUCGGUGGUGGCGGCAGAUUCGAAUGUGAACGAGAACGAUUCCGAUGGGUUCGAAACGGCAAGCGAGCACGAAGUUAGCGAUAACGAAGAAAUUAUCAAUGAAGAUAAUCAUCAACAACCAGAACCACAGCCACCGCCAGCACCACGACAAGAUGUGAAAGCGGACUCUAAUGUAAACGACGACGAAUUGCAACAGAAAACUUUAGCACAAGCUAAUGAAGCGAAAUUGGAAGGCAAUAAACUAUUUGGAGAUGGGCGCUAUGAGGAGGCUUUAUUACAAUAUGAUGCUGCAUUAAAAGUUGCACUGGACAUGCCUUCGUUUGUGGAGUUACGUUCCAUAUGCCAUGCAAAUCGUGCUGUAUGCUUCUUGAAAUUGGGAAAGUACGAGGAUACAAUCAAGGAAUGUACAAAGGCCCUUGAAUUAAAUCCUUCCUACAUGAAAGCUCUGGUUAGGCGAGGAGAGGCUCAUGAAAAGCUUGAACACUUUGAGGAGGCAAUAGCUGAUAUGAAAAGAAUCUUGGAAUUAGAUCCUUCAAAUGAACAAGCUAAGAAAGCCAUUCGCCGCUUGGAGCCGUUGGCUGCAGAAAAGCGAGAAAAAAUGAAGGAAGAGAUGAUUGGGUCAACGCAAUGGGAGGUUAAAAUGGUGAAGAAUCUUGAUUCGCUGAAACACAAAACUGAAAGAUAUGGGAAACUCUCUGCUUGGCCGAUUUGGUAUGAGUGUUGACAACUUCAAAGCCGAUAAAGAUCCAAACACUGGUUCCUAUUCUAUUUCAUUCCAACGUUAAUUUUUUACUGUGAGAUCCGUUGGCUACAUUUUUAUCCUUGGAAGAAACGGUGAGAUGAAUGAAGGCCGUCCAAUAGAAUGACAUAUUAGUCUGGUACAUUCUGGGUGCAGAGUUGACCGACAGUUCUAAAUUGAAAGUGUGAUGUUGCUUGGGAAGAUUUUGUUCCCUUCAUGAUAGAGCUUUGUGUGAUGCAGUCUGUAAAACCGAAAAUUGAUGAACUUGAAUUCUAAGUGCUCGGAAUUCUCUUUUAUUA